GUUCUUUGCCCCUCGUCCUGGGGCGGGAUCGGGUCUCUGCGGUUUUGGUUUGGCUUGCCGUACGGUCCGGCUUUCUCGCUAGACCCUAGGGCUUGGCCCUGCGGGGUGCGCUCUCCCAGGUAUCCGGCUUUCACCAGUACCUACCUUUGGGAAACCGGCGCACUCUUCGGUCUCCUAGCAACUGGGGACCGAGCCUGACGGAGCGCGGCGCAGAUCAAGUUGUUCAAGUGCAAGCUUGAAACCCUGGGACCGGCCCAAACCGGAGCAGAAACCCGGAGCUUGGAAGAAUAAGCAGGAAAUGGCGGACGAGGCAUUGUUUUUGCUUCUGCAUAACGAGAUGGUGUCAGGAGUGUACAAAUCCGCGGAGCAGGGCGAGGUGGAAAAUGGACGUUGUAUUACUAAACUGGAAAACAUGGGGUUUCGAGUAGGACAAGGAUUGAUAGAAAGGUUUACAAAAGAUACUGCAAGGUUCAAGGAUGAGUUAGACAUCAUGAAGUUCAUUUGUAAAGAUUUUUGGACUACAGUAUUCAAGAAACAAAUCGACAAUCUAAGGACAAAUCAUCAGGGCAUCUAUGUACUUCAGGACAACAAAUUUCGUCUGCUUACUCAGAUGUCUGCAGGAAAACAGUACUUAGAGCAUGCAUCUAAGUAUCUAGCAUUUACCUGUGGCUUAAUCAGAGGUGGCUUAUCAAACUUGGGGAUAAAAAGUAUUGUAACAGCUGAAGUGUCUUCAAUGCCUGCCUGCAAAUUUCAGGUGAUGAUACAGAAGCUAUAGAACAUACUGAAAUGCAAAGCUUCCACAGUGUAAAGAGAUAAAUUAUUCAUGUAUAAAGUAUUUCAAAUAAUAUGAUUUAAAUACAUUGUUGGAUGUUUGUAUAGGAGGGUCUGUUUCAUCUGUUUAACAUAGACUGAGACAAGGGGUCAUUCUGUUAGGAUAUAAACUUCUUAUUGAAACUAUUCAAAAUGAAAACCUAAUUUCAAAUAACUGGACACCAACAUAUAGGACUCUUUAAACAUUUUUGUUUAGAGAUAUGUAUUUAACCACAGAUGGAGAAGCAAAAGCAAGGGUUUGUUAAAUUAGCAUGAAGAAAAGUGUGCACCAGUCAGAAUAUUUGUGUAAGAAUGACAAAACUUUGAUAAUGUAUGGAUUUGUUUUUUAUUAUUUCUAUACAGCAAACAGUAUAGUAAAUUAAGCUUAAUUUUUA